CGAAGAAGCCAGCCACUGUGCACUUAGUUCAGAAAACAUUACAAAUGCUGUAUUGUUUCUGCGAGAUAUGUGUUUAAUUAUUCGUUGUCGGGGUAUUAAUAAAUGUUAACAUUGUACAUCAUAAACGUGUGUCUUAGAAUUAGCAGAAGUCGGGAUGGAAAUAGCGGGUCACGCGACUUGUAAACAAACAGGAGGAUGACAGAAUGUCAAGAAAUUGAUUGUGCUUCUGCUUUUUCAAGCACUUGAAAUGAGUUUUAAAACCCCAUUUCACGCAUAUCACGUCGACUGGGAGAUUUUGGAAAUGGGAAUGUUGAUAUUCUGCCGACUGCUGAACAGCACUGGGCUUUUUUGCUGCAUGUAAAUAAGGUUAAAUGUGUGUGUAAUUGCACAACUGAAGGCUACAAUGACGGUCACCAUGAAGGCAAACAAGUCCUACAAGCUUGUGGUGCACAAGAAGGGCUUUGGAGGCAGUGAUGAUGAGCUGAUGAUGAACCCUAAAGUCUUUCCUCUUGUUAAGCUGGGCGAUAUUGUCGAAAUUGCACAUCCAAAUGAUGAGUACAGUCCUCUGUUGCUGCAGGUGAAGAGUUUGAAAGAAGACCUGCAGAAAGAAACUAUCAGUGUCGAUCAGACUGUGGCUCAGGCCUUCAAGCUCCGUGCCUACCAAGAUGUCAUCAUCAAUAUUGUGGAUCCAAAGGAGGUGACUUUGGAUCUGGUGGAGCUCACCUUUAAAGAUCAGUAUAUUGGACGAGGAGACAUGUGGCGACUGAAGAAGAGCUUAGUGAGCACAUGUGCAUAUGUGACACAGAAAGUUGAGUUUGCAGGAAUCAGGGCCCAGGCCAGUGAAUUGUGGGUAAAAGGAGAGAAGGUGACUUGUGGCUACAUUAGUGAGGAUACACGGGUGGUCUUUCGAUCCACAUCUGCAAUGGUUUAUAUAUUCAUCCAGAUGAGCUGUGAGAUGUGGGACUUCGAUAUCUAUGGUGAUCUUUACUUUGAGAAGGCUGUCAAUGGUUUCCUGUCAGAUCUGUUUGCCAAAUGGAAAGAGAAGAACUGCAGUCAUGAGGUGACAGUGGUGCUGUUCUCUCGCACCUUCUAUUCUGCCAAAACACUGGAGGAGUUUCCAGAGAGCCAAAGAGCAUCAGUUCGACAAGACCAUGAAGGCCGCUAUUAUGAGGAUUUCUACAGGGUGGUGGCUCAGAAUGAAAGGCGUGAUGAGUGGAUGUCUCUCCUUGUUACCAUUAAGAAGCUCUUCAUACAGUAUCCUGUGCUGGUGCGGCUUAAAGGAGCAGAUGGAUUUCCAUGUGGACACAACUCCACUUCUGCUCAAGGAAAUUACCUGGAAGCAAUCAACUUGUCUUUCAAUGUGUUUGAUAAGCACUACAUCAACCGUAACUUUGACCGUACUGGUCAGAUGUCAGUGGUCAUUACUCCAGGAGUGGGUGUUUUUGAGGUGGACCGAUUGCUCAUGAUCCUCACCAAACAGCGCAUGAUUGACAACGGCAUUGGUGUUGAUCUGGUGUGUAUGGGAGAACAGCCCCUUCAUGCUGUUCCACUCUUCAAGUUGCAUAACCGCACAGUGCAUGGAGACUCCAGAAUUGGUGAUGAUUACAACCUGCCUCACUGGAUCAAUCACAGCUUUUUCACAUCAAAGAGCCAGACCUCUUGCAGCUGUUUUACACCUCGCAUCAAGCUGGCUGGAAAGAAGGUUCAUGCUGAGAAAGCCAAAAACAGCAAAGAACAUUCUCUUGGUGCUCCCAAAGAUGCUGAGAACAGCCUCCCUAUCCAGGUGGAUUAUGAUGCCUAUGAUGCUCAGGUCUUCAGGCUUCCUGGGCCCUCCAGAGCUCAGAGGUCCACCAACUUUAGUUCGAGUCAUAUUAACAGCACAGACAGUAAUAGGUCGAGUCGGGAGCGGGAGUCAGUCAGCAGGAAGAGCUGGGGCUCUGCAGACGUGGGCAGCUCUCCUCCAACCCGCCAUGCAGGACCAGAUGAACAGAGGAGCCUGGCAUCAGAUGACAGUUUGGGCCACAUGUCCAACAUCCUGCUCAUCCCACGUCCAGCUCAGGGCCAAUACGAGGUCAGCAGCUCUCUGGGCUACACCAGCUGCACAAGAGAAUUGUUGGAAAAAAUGGUGGAUUCUCAAAGGGACUCCAGUGCUCCAGGACGCUUCACUGUUGGAAGUGCUGAGUCCACUUUACAUGUGCGGCCGGGUGGUUAUACACCCCAGAGGGCCCUCAUCAACCCAUUCGCUCCCUCACGCAUGCCUAUGAAACUCACAUCCAACCGCCGCCGUUGGAUGCACACGUUUCCCGUGGGUCCUUCAGGAGAGCCGAUCCAGAUCCACCAUCAGACGCGUCAGAACAUGGCUGAGCUGCAGGGCAGUGAGCAGAGAGACCCGGCUCGUACCUCUGCUGAGCUGUUGGAACUGGCCUAUCAUGAAGCCACAGGAAGUAAGCGGAUAGCGUCCCGUCACGCAGGAGAGAAUGGAUUGUACAUCAGUGGAGUUCCUGACAACAUCUCUGGAAGCCCAGCUAGUAGCGCCAGCACUGGAACACCAGUGAACCGUGGAUCCUUCGAGGAUUAUUCCGGCAGUCUAGAUCCGAUCCUCCUGCUGUCUGCCCCUCCGACAGUGCCUAGUUUCUGCUGCACAGUCGGGGUGGACUGGAAGUCCCUCACCACUCCUGCCUGCCUCCCCCUCACCACCGAUUACUUUCCCGACCGGCAAACCCUUCAGAAUGACUAUACAGAGGGAUGCUACGACCUGCUGCCACACACUGACCUCGAGAGACGUGAUGACGAGACUCCAGUGAUGACGGCCCAUCAGGUGUUUGAAGAGUUCAUCUGUCAGCGACUGAUGCAAGGCUACCAGAUCAUUGUACAGCCCAACAGGAAACCGCAGCCUGCUAUAGCCCCGCCCCUCAGCAGCAGUCCACUGUAUUCCAGAGGGCUGGUGUCUCGCCGUAAACCAGAAGAAGAGGAGAGUCUUUACUGGCUCAGUAUGGGCAGAACCUUUCAUAAAGUCUGUCUUAAAGAUAAGAUCAUCACAGUCACCCGCUACCUCCCAAAGUAUCCUUAUGAAUCAACACAGAUUCAGUACAGCUACAAUCUGUGCCCACCACAUGCAGAUGCCCACUUCAUGCCAUUCUGGGUGGAGUUCAGCCACGAGCGGCUGGAGGAGUACAAGUGGAACUAUUUAGAUCAGUACAUCUGCUCUGCCGGAUCAGAGGAUUUCAGUCUUAUUGACUCUCUGAAGUUUUGGCGGACGCGCUUCUUGCUUCUACCAGCGGGGGGAGCCAGGCGAGUAGCGGAUGGUGAGGGUCACUGGGACGUCUAUGGAGAGGGAGCAGGGGCAGGACGAGAUGGCCUCGCUGGCACAGGGGACUGGACUCUAUUAGAUGGAUUUAUCCGUUUUUUGGAAGGCCUGAACAGGAUUCGACGGCGUCAUCGGUCUGACCGAAUGAUCCGCAAAGGAGCUACCAUUAAAGGUCUGCAGGUGACAGGAGCCCUCACAUCCUACAACCCAGAGCCGAUAGCACCCCCUGUUGGAAAAAAGGGCACCUCUGCUCUCUCUGCACUCCUGGAACUGGAACAGACACAGAAGACUUUUGAAGAGCAGCAGCUUGCCGCUCAGCAUGGUGGGAAACCAUGUGGACCUUUCAGUGAAGCUGCCAACGUUGCCUUGACAACCACGUUUGUCGAUAGCCCUCGUAAGGAUGCUGCCUUCAUUUUGGACUUUAUUCGUAGUCCACGUUCCUCCUACAUCUGUCACUCUCAGCUGCCAGCUGAACAGGUUCCAGCAAAUCCCACCGAGAGUGGGUUGUCGGACAAAAUAAGCAACCAACCAGGUGAGAGAACAUCUGCUGCAUCUCAGGCCACAGGAGACCUAACCCCAGGCGCUGGUCUAGAGACUGGGGGGCAGUCAGGGUCCAGUGGACUGAGUCUUUCCUCAUCUUCCACACUAAUGGAGAUCCUGGAAGCCAUUAAGCAUCCCACCACUGGAGUGCAGCUUUUGUCAGAGCAGAGAGGCUUGCCUCCCAACUGCUUCGUCAGUGCUGAGGUUGUACAUUGGCUGGUCAGCACUGUGGAGAAUGUUGCCACGCAGGGCAUUGCAGUAGAAAUUAUGCAGAAAAUGCUGGAGGAAGGUCUGAUUACUCAUGCUUCUGGUGAUGCCAUGCGAACCUUUGUCUAUGGCUUCUACUUCUACCGGAUUGUCGAUAAAGAUAACGAGAAGGCCCCAAUGACUCAGCUACCUCCAGCUGGAGCGAAUGUAUGGUCUGCUGCAGCUUUGGAAGACUUCGCCCUUUUCCAGAGGAAGUGGUUUGAGGUGGCCUUUGUGAUGGAGGAACGUCGACCAUGUGACUUACCUGCCUUCCUGCUGCCUUGGUUGCCCAGCCGGCCAGCCUCGUAUGCAAGUAGGCAUAGCUCCUUCAGCCGCAGCUUCGGGGGACGCAGCCAAGCUGCUGCACUGCUAGCCGCCACAGUUCCAGAGCAGAAAACAGUCACCUUGGAUGUCGAUGUGAACAAUCGUAGUGAUCGGACAGAAUGGUGCAGCUGCUAUUACCAUGGCAACUUCUCCCUUAAUGCUGCCUUUGAAAUCAAACUGCACUGGAUGGCCGUCACUGCAGCUGUGCUCUUUGAAAUGGUGCAAGGCUGGCACAGGAAGGCAGCAUCUUGCGGAUUCCUGCUUGUCCCUGUGUUGGAGGUGCCCUUCGCGUUGUCAUCAUACUUAUAUGGCGACCCUCUCCGUGCUCAGUUGUUUAUUCCCCUAAAUAUCCAGUGUCUGCUAAAGGAGGGCUCUGAUAAUCUUUUUGAGGGGUUUGAGCCAGAGACAUACUGGGAUAGAAUGCAAUUGUUUCAGGAGGCCAUACUGACCAGAUUUGGCUUUGUUCAAGACAAGUUCUCAGCGUCAGCUUUUAACUUUCCAUCAGAGAACAAACCUCAGUACAUCCAUGUAACAGGUACGGUUUUUCUUCAGCUGCCUUACUCUAAAAGGAAGUACAGUAGUGGACAGCGGCGACGCCGUAACUCCACCACCUCCACCAAUCAGAGCCUGUUUGGUUCUGAGGAGCGAGUGGGCUACAACUGGGCCUACAACACCAUGCUAACCAAAGCCUGGAGGACUGGUGUGUUGGGAGACGAGAAACUGGCCGACCGCCUGCUUCGAGAUUUCACAGACUUUUGUGCCAACAAGGAUAAUCGUCUGGUGACCUUCUGGGAAAGCUGUGUGGAGAAAAUGAAUGCGAGUGCCCCUUGAGAAAAGAGAGGAGGAGAGUUUGCCUCUGCUUUAAGAGCUAACCUUAAUGUACUGCUGCUAUCAUCUGAUCAGAGAGAAAUAAAGCACAGCCUCAUCAUCAAACACUCGAAUGGAUGAGUCAUGCGUUUUCAGAGUAUUGGCACAUACGCAUGCAGUGCUUUUUGUCCUGACGCCAUCACAGCUUUGAUUGGGUUCGCUUAAAUUGGGCGGAUAAUUUCCUUAUUUGAGCGGUAAUGAUAACUGAGUCAAAGAUUGGCAUUUAUCAGCCAAUAACAAUAUGGCCAUCAAUAUAUUAUGCAUUCUUAACUUUAAUGUAUGGCCAUUUUGUCUCUUUGGAUGGUUUUCAAUGGGUGUUUUUAUAGAAAUGUAUAUAAUUUUUUAAUUGUUUACAGAAUGUUGUGUUUUAAGGAGUUUAGAUAUCAUCUGCAAUCACUUUCAAAUGAAAUCUUCAGUUUUUAGCUGGCUGAUCAGUGUUUGCUUUGAUUCUUAUUAGUAUGGUAAAACAGAGCAAGCAACAGUAACCAACGUCGGAGUAGAAAUUGACAGGUUUUUUUAAAGGGUGCAUUAGUUCCUGUCCAUUUUCCCUUAAAUUAUUUUUUCCCUUGGGGAUCGUAAAAAAAUCACCAGAGGAACUAUUUCACAGUUCCUAGAACUGUUGGCAAAAAUAUCUAUUUUGGCAUGUUCACAUUACGGGAACUGGGAACAAUUCUAGAUCUAGGUACACAAUUUGGGUGAACAAAAUUAGGUCGCAUACUUUAGAGAAGGAUCUAAUAUUGACUGUUGUACCUUAUAUCAAGUGUUAUAUAAAAAAAAAAAACGCUUGGCUUUAUUGAUGUAUAUAGGGGCAGCAGUGGCUUUGUAGGAGGGGGAGUGAAUAACUAGCACUCUCUUCCACCCUCAGUAACAUGGCUGAGGUGAUUGCGUUCAACAAGGCACCAAACACCCCUACUGCUCCUCGGCCAACCAACUGCUCUGCAUGUGUGUUCGUUUACAGGUGUGCAUCACAUCUGCUAAAUGCUUGUACUUGCAUACACUUGGCCCCUUGUUGUAUGAUUUUAAAUACCUUGAGAAUUAAGAGUAAAUGUGUUUGGCAAGGUGUUAAUUUCAAGGUUAAGUCAGGUACAUAUGUAGUCAGAUUGGAAGUAAAAUUAAACAUUACAUUAUGUCCAAGGUCAUAUUGAGUACAUUAAGCCCACUGUUACUCUGCAGUAACUGCAUGUCUUCAGCAGAAGCACUGUAACAUAGAUAAAGCUCGACCUCUGUUAACCUAGUCAA